CAGCGAGAUCCAAAGUCACCGUGCAGUUCCCACAAGCUUACCAACACCAAUCUCCGUUAUAAUACACGGAGCAGCUUGAAGGUCUCAUUUCGGUCAUCGCUUAAAAAUGUCUAGAGGUGGUUUUAGGGGUGGAAGAGGAGGAGGUCGGGGAGGGAUGCCCCCAGGAGUGGGUUUUGGUUAUGGCCAGAUCUCGCAGACAGAGUGGAAAGAAGGUAUCAGCCGGAUAAAAGCUCAGUCUCAGAACAGGGGCGUUCUGUAUCCACCUCUGGAUAGCAAUUCGACGUCCUACCUCACUGCCCCAACAGAGCACGAGUCAAUGAUCCUUUCUCAUGAGAUUGCGCUUGAAAAUACACUGUCAUCCGGCAAAUUACCCCAGAACGAUCCCGGAGCACAGAUCGUUCAGCCGGGACAGGUGCCGCCAUGGAGGAUAGCGAGCGAACGGAAAGUCGUUGGCAUUGAGAUAGAGUCGUACUCGGAUCGAUUCAAUGCCCCAGCACCUAAAGGCUCUUCCAAGCUGGAUCCACUAGCUCUCAGGAUGGAUCAAGCCAUGUUCCCGCCGGCGCUCUGGAGUGCAUACUUUGACGGACAAGCCAACGAGGGCAAGCGGCCGAAGAAGAGAAGAAAGGUUGAUGAUCUAGAUGGAGACGACGACAAAGUGGAGGAGGUCAGUCUUUCUUCCUCAACGCCUCCUCUCUUGCUCACGCCGUUUGCAGGAGUCUCAAAUUACAGAAGAAGAAGAUUUUGAUUUCGACGAUGACGAGUCAGAUCAUCAAGAUUAUGAUGCCAACUACUUUGAUAACGGCGAAGGAGAUGACGACGACGAAGGGGAUGAUGAAGGUGGAGAUGCGUACGAAGAUUAGAAAAAGGGUGAUUGACCAUAAUCUUUUUGGGCACUGUGACGAUAACGACAGUAUAAUGACAAAUGUACAAAUAUACCGCUAUGAGCUUGAAACU